UUCCAUUAUCGCCCAAUCAACUCAUCGCAGGGGUCCAAGGGCGGUAGCAACGGCAGCAGAAGGAGCAACAGCAGGUGGCACUGCCAAGGGUUCAAGUGGACUGUGGAGAGGGCUCGGGGGAGGUGCUGGAUUUUCGCGACACACGCGUGCGUGCAUUGAAGGGAGAACAGGCGAACAAGUGCUUCGCGUGUACUAGGCAAGAUGAAGGAGGCAUAUCGAAAGAUCGCCACAGAUGUGGCACUGUUCGCCGCCUCGCAAGUGGCGUUCUACUACGCUUUCAAGUAUGUCAUGCACAGCUUGGACCCCAACCGGCAAAAACGCAUCGACUCAAAAAAGGCGGCCGACAGCAAGCUCUCCUCGCUCGGGCUCAGUCCAGCAACCCACCCGCACCUGGCGCAGCUGAGCGAACACGAAGAGCAGAUCUCCUCUGAGCUGAUCCUGCCGCGCGAUAUCACCGAAACCUUCGACAGUAUAGGCGGACUUGACGGCAUCAUCGGUAGCCUGCAAGAGAGCGUCAUUGCGCCGCUCUGCUUUCCAGAGUUAUUUUCCAGCUCCAAUGGGCUGCUCGGCGCACCCAAGGGUGUCCUGCUGUACGGCCCACCGGGAACAGGCAAGACGAUGCUGGCAAAAGCGCUGGCGAAAGAAUCUGGCGCGACAUUCAUCAACAUGCACGUCUCGACUUUGACGAACAAGUGGUUUGGCGAGUCGAACAAGCUCGUAUCAGCGCUCUUCAGCUUGGCGCGCAAGCUACAACCGACGAUCAUCUUCAUUGACGAAAUCGAUAGCUUCCUCCGCGAGCGAGGCACCGGCGAUCACGAGGUGACGGGGAUGAUGAAGGCCGAAUUCAUGACUCUCUGGGACGGUCUUACGAGCGGCUCAGAUCGCAUCAUGGUCCUCGGCGCAACGAACAGGCCGAACGACAUCGAUGCAGCCAUCCUGCGUCGCAUGCCGAAGCGGUAUGCCGUCUCGUUACCCGAUCCGCUGCAGCGGCACAAGAUCCUCUCCAUCAUGCUGAAGGGUACCGAUCUCGACAAGCGCUUCGACCUAGAUGAAGUUGUCCGCAGGACAGAGGGCUACAGCGGCAGCGACCUCAAGGAGCUGUGCCGCGCAGCGGCCAUGAUCCCCGUGCGCGAGGUCCUGCGCAGCGAGAGCGGCCGCAAGAUCGUCGGGCAGGCACAGGCAGCAGCUGGAGGGGGGAUAGCAGGAAACGGCGGGCUAGCGUCCAUAUCACCCGAGAGCCAAAAGGAAAUCUUCAAACGACGCCCACUGCGCAACGCAGACUUUUUCGUUAACGAUUCAGCAGCGACACCCAUGACGGUGCGCAUGCACGUCGCGUCGCCACCGAACAAGCAGCAGGCGAAUGGGAACGCGCGUAGGGCUCCGCCGCAAGAUGGACUGGAUUAAGGGAUGAAUGCCCCCCCCCUCUCCCGGCAAACCCUGUCCAUCAUGACUGAAGACGAUUGGAAGCGAUACAUAGAGACUUCUUUUUCCGAAGUCCGCAUCCCUUCCCCCUUUGUACUCUAUGCAAUGUACCUUCUAUUCCCAUGCC